AUCACAAGCAGCAAACUCCCAGCUAGCGAGUGGAUGCCUCAAGACCAGCCACAAUGACUGCAUGCGAAGGGGCGACGCCUCAGCAGACGGUAACCCGCAGGAAGUAUCGUAGAUUAUUGGGUACUUUGGUGAGAUUCGUUGUGUUCCUACUCGUCGCAAUACCAGCCUCCCUAGCGGUAUCGGUGCUGCUGAGCAAAGGAGAGUCCCAAAGGAUCCCUGAUGAUCCCUGGAAGCCCUUGCCUGCUCCUCCUUGCGGCCGGCCCUUCCUCGGCCUCUGUCCGCAGUCCCUAGAUACGAUCCUUCUCGCGGAUUUUCUUAAUGGGACAAAGAUAUCGAGGAAAAGAGAAAAGGAGACGCUAAGCAAUACCAAAAGCUCCUGGGGACGAGUAUCCCUGCUUUCAUGGCCCCUUCCAAGAUCCCAAUAA